AUGAGGAAAACCCUUAGGACGAAAAAUGAUGUGGAAAUUAGCUUGACAAACAGCUACACACAAAAUAUCGACAAAAGCUGGUCUAAAAGGAAUAAUUCAAAUAAUGUAUGUAGUGUGCUACACCCCGAAAUUUUAGUGAGUAAAAAGGUUGCAAAAAAACACGGGGAGUGUUAUAAAAAUAAAUGUUAUUGCAAAGAGAAGAAAAUAAGACCCAAGUUGUUUAAGACCGCGAAAUCAAAAAUAUGUUCUGAUAGUUCUUCUAGUCUCUACAGAUCCAAGUCGAAACUCAGUAAAAAUGACGAUGCAAAGAAAACUUACGAAGAUUUUAAGGAAGAGCGACAGAAAAAUAAGCAUAAAUGUUUAAAUGAAAGUUUUACGCCCCAGAGGUUGAUGUAUGAGGAUUAUGUCCAUGACAAAAAUUUGAAUUGCGCUUGUUAUUUUCAUAAUCAGGCCGAGGAACUAUACAGGAAGUAUUUCAACAUCAAAAAAAAUGUAAAAAAAGAAGAUAUUGAAAACAAAAAUAAAAUUAGCCUUACAACUCUAUAUAGGCCAUCAAACUAUUCCCUAUGUACGGAAUAUACAGCAAAUACUCCAAAAACCAUUCAUUCUACAGACACAUACACUUUUCUACCAGAAGAAGAAGAAGAAGAAAAUGAAACCCUCAAAUCCUCAUAUUCACUCCCAGAAAGCACAAAACCAUCAAACACAAUAACCACAAAACCAUCAACAAAACACUAUAAUUCUCUUUUAACCUCCUCAGAAGAAAAGCUUAAAAAGAUGAAAGAUUUUCGCGAAAAGCAUUUUUUCGAAACCCACCAAACCCCUUCCGAUGAAAAAAACAAAGCAAAACCCCAUAAAUGUAUAUACAGAUUUAGUCUAGACGAGCGACUAGCUGCUAUACCAUUGGAUGCUGACAAUUUUGGAUUUAAUAGGUGUAUUAUUUGCGAUAAACCCAUGGAAAACUGGCAAAAAAACACAACGAUGAAUAAAAGGGGACCUUUGGAAAGCUUGACAGAUUUGAAACCAAGAGAUUUGACAGCCAAGCAGGUGCAUCUCGGCAACAACGCGAAUUUUGAAUUUCGUUUGACAGAAAGGGAUGUUCAACUUUUCAACGAUUGUUUUAAACAAAGAAUCAAAAGACCUGAAUAUAGAAAUACUUUGGCGUUAAGACAGCAAAAAAUGUACGGGUAA